UCAGUGUAUAACUAAGCAGAGAAAGUGGCACACUCGUCAUCGGAAAUCGGCAGAAAGAAGCCAUUUCUAUGGCGUCUCCGUCGUCUCUCUCUCCUCCUCAAGUUCCGAAGGAGCUUUACGAUAUCAACCGCGAAAAGCUUCUCAAAUCUCUCCGUCAACACCUGACCGAAACCUCUCGUCCUCUCCACGGCUUCGUCUUUCUUCAGGGAGGCGAGGAAAAAUCUCGCUACUGUACUGAUCACAUCGAACUCUUCAGGCAGGAGAGUUAUUUCGCUUAUCUUUUUGGAGUGACAGAGCCUGGUUUCUAUGGAGCAAUUGAUGUUGCAACAGGGAAUUCUAUUCUGUUCGUUCCAAGGCUACCGGCUGAUUACGCUGUUUGGUUGGGAGAAAUAAAGCCAUUAUCUUAUUUUCAGGAAAAGUACAGGGUUAGCAUGGUUUAUUAUACAGAUGAAAUUGUAGGAGUCCUGCAUAAACUCCGCAAGGAAGUUUGUCAACCUCUACUGUUCCUCUUGCAUGGACUUAAUACUGACAGUAAUAACUUCUCUAAACCAGCAGAAUUUGAGGGGAUAGAAAAGUUUGAGACAGAUUUGACUACAUUACAUCCUAUUUUGACUGAAUGUCGUGUUUUAAAGUCCGAUCUGGAGCUUGCUGUUAUUCAAUUUGCUUGUGACAUCAGCUCUGAAGCACAUGUCGAGGUUAUGAGAAAAACUCAGGUUGGCAUGAAAGAAUAUCAGUUGGAAAGCAUAUUUCUUCACCACACAUACAUGUAUGGUGGCUGUAGGCAUUGUUCAUACACAUGUAUAUGUGCUACUGGUGAAAAUAGUGCUGUACUCCAUUAUGGGCAUGCAGCAGCUCCAAAUGACAGGACUUUGGAAGAUGGAGAUGUGGCAUUGUUUGAUAUGGGAGCUGAAUAUAAUUUUUAUGGGUCUGACAUAACUUGCUCGUUUCCUGUGAAUGGUAAGUUUACAAGUGAUCAGUCUCUCAUAUACAAUGCUGUACUCGAUGCUCACAAUGCUGUCAUAUCUGCAAUGAGACCUGGAGUUAGCUGGUUAGAUAUGCACAAAUUAGCAGAGAAAAUAAUUCUGGAUUCAUUGAAGAAAGGGUGCAUUAUUGUUGGCAAUGUAGAUGAUAUGAUGACUGAGCGGUUGGGUGCUGUUUUCAUGCCUCAUGGCCUGGGGCAUUUAUUGGGUAUUGACACCCAUGAUCCUGGUGGCUACUUAAAGGGACCAAAUAGGUCAAAGGAACCGGGAUUGAGGUCUCUACGAACUGCCCGAGGACUUGAGGAGGGAAUGUGUUGGUUUCUUGUUUUUACAUUGCAUUGCUCAGAGAAGUCUAUUCAGAAUCUGAUACUUAGUAUAUGUCCAGGUACAGAUGCUGGAUUCUAUCUUAGGUCAUAGUUAUAUGUAAAUUUGGGGUUUAAUUAAUACUAGGAGCCUAAGCUGUUUCAGUUGUUGGUAUUUUGCAGGAAACAGUGAUACAUGAUUUAGGGGAUUUAUUUGCGUGUACGUCCUAUAAUUAUUGUAAUUGAAAAAGAAUUACGUUAAUAGAAGUUUUAUCCAAUUAUUUUGUUUUUUGGGUGUUGGCUUCCCUUAAAAAAAAAACAAUGUUCCUCUUCUAUCAUUUAACUCGAACAGACAUUGACCUGACGCUUUAUCAACCAUUAAUCUGCUUUAAGCUCCAUGAAGCAAGAAAGGCCUAGGCAAUUGACAAGAAGUGCCUACUCAUCAGUUGCAUAUGAAAUCUUCAAUAUGGGUGGUGGUGUUUGUCUGUGGCACUUGCUGUGUCUGAUUGGGUUGCACGACUCAGUGGUUUAUAUAUCAUUCUUUAUGAUGCAUGAUCUAUCAAAUAUGAUUGAUUUUCAUAUUCUUCAUUGACUGAUUGAUGAUUAUUUAUAUCUUGCAUUGCUAGUCAUAUUUUUACGUCUGGUAUGCAUCAUAUAUGUUUUCAUGGAAUUCAUUAGAACUAGUGCUAUUUUAAACCCAUGACUAGUCCCAUCAGGUGUGCUUUUUUUAUUGGGAGGGAGAGAGAGAGAGUGUUGUCAAUUGAUAUAGAUUUGUGGUUUCCUGUUGGAAAUUAUCACAUCAUGUUUUAACACAGUUAUGCCAUGUUGUAAACCCUCAUAAAG